GCAUAUUGAUAUGUCUUAAAGUGUUAGUUUGUGUUGUGGAUCAAUUUUGUUCUUGUGCUGUCAUAUAUUUUGACAGCACAACUCUAGAGCUGUAUGCCUUGGGAGUUUGGAUAACUGGCUUGGUAUUAGGAGUGGGAAGACAUCAGUAUUGUAAGAGUUCCGAGCCCAGUCUUGGCAGUGCAAAUGCUGUCGAGCAGUGUUUUUGUGUUACUCUUCUUUUAAUGUGCAUCAUAUGACAGCUUGUUGUACUUGUGGUUUGGGGAUAGUGCAGAAUGUGGAAACCGGAACAGUGGAGUUUUUUGUCAUUUGGUGCGAUAUAUAUUGGUAGUUGGAUUUUGAUGAAGUUAUGUCACUGGUUGUAAUAGUAUGUUUAUAGGUACCCUGUGUAAAUCAAGUAUGGGCGUUUUUUUUGUCCUUUGAGGGAGGAAAAUUAUUUGCUCAACACUUCGUGGACUGUGUUUGCUGGUAAGUUGUUGGAGGCAAGGUUCUCGAAAUUCGUUAGGGGAAUCAAGUUAUGCAACCAGGCGCAUAAAUCAGCUUCUUUGUUAAAAUCACGUUUUUUUCAAUCUUCCAAGGAAUAAAUAGAAAGAAACCCUUGCUUGAAUUUGGGAAGGAAUUUGAAUCUGAAGUAAAAGAAAAAUGGGUGAGAGGAAGGUUUUGAACAAGUAUUACCCACCCGAUUUUGAUCCUUCCAAGCUUCCUAGAGUAAGAAGGCCCAAGAAUCAACAAAUCAAGGUUCGCAUGAUGCUUCCUAUGAGCAUUCGAUGCAACACAUGCGGUAAUUACAUUUACAAAGGCACCAAGUUCAACUCCAGAAAGGAAGAUGUUAUUGGUGAGACAUAUCUGGGAAUUCAAAUUUUCAGAUUCUAUUUCAAAUGCACACGGUGCUCAGCUGAACUUUCAAUGAAGACUGACCCGCAGAAUUCAGAUUAUGUGGUUGAGUCUGGUGCAACCAGAAAUUUUGAACCUUGGCGUGCAGAGGAUGAGGUAGCUGAUGAAACGAAAAAGAAGAGGGAAGCUGAAGAAAUGGGAGAUGCAAUGAAGUCCUUAGAGAAUAGAACACUGGAUUCUAAGAGAGAGAUGGACAUCCUUGCUGCAUUGGAUGAGAUGAAGUCAAUGAAGUCUAGGCAUGCAACUGUCAGUGUCGAUGAAAUGCUUGCAGCCUUGCAACGUACGGCAGCGGACAAGGAGAAAAGACUGGAAGAAGAAGAUGAAGCACUGAUAAAAUCAAUUUUCUCUAAUAAUUCAGAAGGUCCUACUCCUAUCCGAAGAGUUCGAGAUGAAGAUAUCGAAACUGCGGAGGAAUUGUUUCCACUUUCAAAUGGACAUGGUGAAACAUCCAAUGAUAAUCCAAAGAGGCAAAAAAAAUCCGACGAUCGUCCAGUAAAGGCAACUGACACUCUGACGAAAGCCAGUUUGGAUUAUUCUGGCAAAGAAGAAAAAUUGAGCUGCGGUCGCGGAAAGCUUAAUCCUUUGGUGACGAUUUCUGUUAUUAAGAAACCAGGGACCUCUAAUAUUAAAAGCCCUGCAGAACCCAAACAAAAGGAAAAAGAGGAAGAUAAUAAAACAAAUACUACCGGUGUACUACUAUCUUUGUGUCAAAGCUAUGGAAGUGAAGAGGAUGAGGAUUAGUUGUCAUAAAUAUUUGGAAUGUGAUAGGAACCUGAAUAAUGGGCCUGAAACAAAGGUAGGCCUUGCUGCAAAGAGACAUGUUAUAUGGAGGGUUUAUUGUAGAAGAAAGAAAGUGGACCAAGAGAGAGAGAAGGAGAAGUUGGUUAAUGAGGUGGCAAUAGGUCCCAUGUGAUUAUGUUAUGGAGGUAUAUGUACAGAGGGGGACGUGGGAGAAUAGGGAGAGGAGAGUAAUCAUUAGCUUAUUAGUGCUUUAGGAGAAUAGUUAUUCUCUGGUUAGGAGCUAGGCUCUGGAAUUAUCCUUUGUAUUGGUUCCCAGUUCUUAUUUCCAUUAAUACACAUAUCCAUUUACUCUA